AUGGGUCUGUUGACCGAUCCGUCAGUCGGUCAUGGUGCUCUGACCAGCAUAUUUGUUCGACAUCACAAUCGUUUUUGUAUACUAAUGUAUAUCGUAUCUGUGGUGCUGUUCUGUAUGCUUGCGCACUACAGUCUAAGUUCACAAACUUAUUUUUCUGAAAACGCUCUUCUUCCUGGUUUGGUAAAAGGCCAGUUGAAUGACAACACCGGGUCAUCGUUUAGAGAUCAUUUUAGAGAACUUAAUGCCGAAGCACAACAUUAUGAAACUGAAACACCUCAUGCAUACUUGAUCUCAAAAUUUAAAAACUUACGGCUGGAAACUUACUCCCACAAUUUUACACUAAACUAUCCUUUAAAAAAGAACACAAAAUAUACUGGACGUAAUGUGUAUGGUAUUCUUCGAGCGCCAAGAAGUGCCAGUAUAGAAUCAAUAGUGUUGAGUGUACCAUAUAGAGCACCGUCGAGUGUUUUUCCCAGUACUCUACCCGGUCUCGCUGUUAUGUUUCAAAUUGCUCAGUUCUUUCGCCAACAAAUUUACUGGGCAAAGGACAUUAUAUUUUUGGUAACUGAACAUGAGCAACUGGGGAUGCAAGCUUGGUUAGAGGCGUAUCACGGAACUUCCUGUGGUUCACCCGGUGUGUUAGACUCUGGAAAGUUAAGUGGUCGUGCAGGUGCUAUUCAAGCUGCUAUUAAUUUGGAAAUUCACUCUGACAAAAUUGGUCACAUUGACAUAAAAUUGUCCGGAUUAAAUGGCCAAUUGCCCAAUUUAGAUUUGGUGAAUUUGGCUCAUCGAUUAUGCAACAAAGAAUCUGUUAAGCAUACAUUUAACAACGUUGACGGAGGAGCUAUUGGCCGUAAUAAAGUCAACUCUUAUUACACAAAUUUGAGUACAAUGAUGUCCAUGGUAAUGACACAAGCUACUGGAGUGCCCGAUGGUAACCAUGGUCUUUUUCAUAGAUUUGGUAUUGAAGCAAUAACUUUAGAAGGAUAUGAAAAAGAAGGACGGGGCAUUUAUUCCAGUGUAUUUCAAAUUGGGAGGGUUAUUGAAGGAAUGUUCCGUAGCUUGAAUAAUCUGCUUGAAAGAUUUCAUCAGUCAUUUUUUUUUUAUCUGCUACCUUCUACGGAUAGAUACGUUUCAAUUGGGUUGUACAUGCCUUGUUUGGUAUUGCUCGUGGGGGCUUUGUUUCUGAAAGCUUUCUCCACUUGGAUUCAACAUUCUUCUGAACAUAAAUCGGGUGACCCGUCAGCACAAGCUACUAUUCCUGAACGCUUGAAUGUUGGAAUGGUGAGUGUAAUAAUAUUGGGUUCUCAUGUCGUGGGUUUGAUAUUAUUACCAAAUUUAGCACCAGCAUAUUUUACACAUUUUUGGAAUCAUAUACCAACACAUCGUGCAUUAUUACUUGGUUAUGGUUCAUUAUCCAUAACCAGUGUUUGUCUUCUGCCAAUAAUAAUGAAUAAGUGUCUAAAUUCUUUCAAAUCUUCAAAUUGGGUACUGUUACAUGUAAUUUGUUUGCUAGAACUUGGAAUUGGUUUGUUAUGUGUUUCGAUGCAUAAUUUUUCACUCGGGUAUUUGACGGCUCUUGUGUAUGUUUUACCGGCGGUUUGCAUCAAAUCUAGCCAAAACCGUAUAAUAGUAAAACUGCUUUGGUUAAUUGUGCACCCCAUGUGCUCACUGUUUUGGAUUACUGCAUACAUCACUUUCACGACAUAUCCUGAACUGCCGAUAUCUGAUUUUUUGACCAAAAUACUUGAGGCAUCGAGCCAAUGGAUGGUAUUGUCAACAAUCGACAAUAUGAUUUAUGGCAAUUGGGCAUUUUCAGUUGGUGUACUGUUAUUGCUGCCCGUUUGGACGUCAUUUUGGUGUCUUAUGUUCCUUCCGACAAAUGUCUCUCAAAAAUUGAAGGCGGAAUGA